CAUCAUUCUCCGUAUCAUCACACAACUUCCGAACAAUUUGCGUAUCAGUGCCGUCAACUAUUACACCUACGUAGGUGUCAUUGAGAACCGGUACCCUCCAUUGUCUACCCUCCUCAUCUUAUCUGGCCGAGGAACUUCGAUCGAGGACACGAUACUGGGCGCAAUCGUCGGCGACGUGUUUGAGCAAUUGACAUCCCAAAUACCGUUCGAUAUAACGAAUCCCAUGCGGCACACUACUUCGCAAAGUCCAACACCCAAUGCGGCAAAUGUCGACGUUCCUUCCGAGCGCGGGACUUCGAUUCAUAUUUCCAGCUUCGGUUCCGAUGUUGACCGAAACGAUUCGCCUUCCACUCCUACCCAAGUUUCUAUCAUCGACGCUCAUGUGGCUCGGUCAACACGAGUGCUGAUCGAUCCGCCCACGUGUUACAAUCCCAAAGCAAAAGAAGGGCCCCCUACCAGAAAGCAAUCAACCACCACAAGCUCACCCGUGAUUGACGAUUCAGCAACUGAAGUUUUCUCCUAUCCCGACAACAAGACAUGCCUGGGUGCCGUCGAUAUUGCUGGGCUACCUAACAACGCGAAUGGUCAAUUCAGUGAGCGGAAAACUGCAAGUGGGUAUCAACCCUUGACGGAAGAUCGAAGCUUCACCUCCGACUGGAUCGAUACCUAUGGACAGCCGCUGAUUACCUACGACCCAAUAUUUGGCUGCCCGGAUGUGAGGGAGAAAUUUGCCAACUGGACGUUGAUCGAAGGCCCCUUCUGGCACAAAUCAACACGCAACUUCUCUGAGGGUGAAGCCGAGAUCAAGUCGGAUGUACAUGAUGUGUUGUCUCUCGUAGAGGCUACUGGACUAUUGCCAGUCAACCCAGGUCAUACCGAUUGUACCUUUCCUCUCCCCAAUGGGUACUGAAUCAAGCAUUGAGUUUGUUUCAACUCUCAAGCACGCCUCGUGAAUGGGGCCGGUUACUCCUCGCUGUUACUCCCGGGAGAUGUUUCCUGGUCUUGGUUUGGGGAGAUAUAAAAUCAAAUACAUUCUUUUUGCGGGUGGAAGUUUCUGGCUGGUGGCUCUGCACAUCUUAUGUAUCGUCAUACCUCUCUCUGUACGAGUAUAGUUGUUGUUCCAACUUUGAACGGGGUGUCUCUAUGUACUCGGUACUGGGGCUUGGAGAAGCAUCAUCACGUGCACUUUUGAAGUACCUCUAUACCAAAUUACCGGCGAAAGAUACAAGGCGGUGGCUUAUGCUGAUGCUUCUCCAAACCCCAGCACCGAGUAUGCGUGUGAGGUGGCUGGG